AUUCCUUUGCGUUAGUGUGUUUUCGGAUUCGGAUGCGUUCUGGUUGUUUGUACGCUUGCGGCUAUUCGCGUACGCGCCUUUGCUGCCCACUGUCACCGUCCUUGGGUGAAUUUUGUUGGUGGCUGCUAGUGUGUGUUUGGUGAAAAACUGUCAGGGAAUUGAACAACCCCAGUGCAGUGGCGGCGCGUUAACGAGGGCGAACGAGCUCCUUGAAGUGCGUGAAGUGAUACCAUUUCUAUUAAAUUGCUAUCGAAUUGCAGUGAAGGUGAAUACGUGGAUGUGUUCUGCUCUGCGUGCAGUGCUUUCCUGGUUAAUGUGUGAAUUUGUUUGAGCUAUUCGCUUGAAAGAGCGAGAGAGAGAGAGAGAGUGUGUGUGUGUCAAUUCGGUAUAAUAAAUGUGCCCGUGAGUGAGUGAGUGGAAAGGAAAAACCCGGAUGUGCCCACGUGUCUACUAGGAUGACCAGCGAGCUGUCACAGCGUCGACGAUAGCGCCUCCGAAGCGGCUGGUCCCCGUCCGCACCGGUUGGCUGUACGAAUCGUUCAGUCGCGUGCAAGCGGACGCCGCCACGGAUCUACGGGUGCACGCCGGCUGGCCGAAGGCGUCCCACUACGGCUACGGUCUGGCCAAGGGUGACGACUACAUCGACCGCCACCAUAACGACGACGCCGAGGACGACGACGGGUGCAGCGGUGACGGUGACGACACCUGCGACCAGCACCAGGAAGAAGAGCUCGACGACAGUACCGCCACCGACGGUCGGCACAACUACGGCGAGCUUGCCGAACUACGGCCGACCGGCAUUAUCCGGGGUCCGUCGAGGCGUGGACAACAUCCACCACCGCCUGCUUACCACCAUCAUCACCACCAUCUGCACCAUCACCAUAGCCAUCAGCCCUAUCAGCAGCAGCAGCAGCAGCCACAACCACCACCACCACCACCACACUAUCGGGUGACAUUUGACGAACGACCUUUAGUACCGGUCGAGAUGGAAUCGGUCGGUCAUCAUGUUGCGGUGCCGCUCCGUGUCGGUGGCAAGAAGAUGCGCAAGCGGCGCGAACUAGACGCACUGGUGGCACACUCGCUUGCAAAAAGCUCCAAAGGUGGGGGACGUCAUGCGGCCAGCAACGGGGUAGCAUCGCACGAUCAACUGCUGUCGAACUCAACCGACGAACAGGAAGACUAUUCAUGGCAACCGAAGGUUCGCACACAGUCCCGAUGCCGGACGAAACGAUUCUCCUGCCUGCGCACCUGCGGUCCGCUCCUGUUCGUGUCCUGCAUCUUCAUCUCGCUCGGCUUCAUGUACUGGCUGUACUUUGACAUCCGGCAGCAGAUAUCACAGUAUCGCAUCCGCAUCGAGCAAGUUUCAGCAACUAGUCAAAACGUUCCAGAAGCACUGCAGAAAUGGCACGAAACGUCCAAAAACUUGGAACAAAACCAAACUGCACUCAAUGGCAAGCUACGGGAAAUGCAGCAAGUGCUCACCAACUUCUUCGGCGAGCUCAAGCAACUCCGGGAGACGAUCGACAAGAAGAACGAAAACUCGCAGGAGGCACAGCUUAAUCGCUUACAGUCGAGCGUGGCCGAUCUGGGCUCCAACAUAGGGGAUUCGAAUUCCCGCAUCGGGCUGCUGGAAACACGGUUCGAUACGAUACAGGCGGACCAGAAGCAGCUGAACAAAACGCUCGACGAUUUACAGAAACUAUUCAGCCGCAUCCAGAACAGCACCGUCGUGACGGACAUUAUCGGUGGCGACGGUAUGGCCAAGGGUAUGGAGAAAACGAUCGCCGAACUGCGCGACCAGCUUACCGGCCAGCUGAACAAUCUCGCCCAAAACGUAACCGGCGAGCUGCAGGUGCUGAAGCAGAAAAACGUCUGGCUCGAAUCGGACCUGAGCAAUCAGACGAAGCGCAUCGAGCAGCUGUUUGACAACACGGUCAACAUUUCCUCGCACGUACUGUCGAUCGAAGCCGUCUGGCUGGAGGCACGCAACAAUGCUAGCGCACUCGAGGCGGACCGUAAGCUCAUUAACGAGCAGCUAGCUGCACUGGCGAACGUGACGACCGGGCUGCACGGUACGAUCGAGAAGGUGCAGGAAGAGUGCCAGCAGUACCACAGCAAGCUGGAUGAGGUGCGAGGGAAGCUCGGUGAGCUGCAGGACCAGAUACAGCAGAAUGCGGCCCGGAAGGAAGCGGCCAUGCAUCGGCCGGAUGAGGCUAACCGAACGGAUCAGGUAAACAAGGGCAAUAUGCCACCCCUGCUGUCGCAAUUCUUCGAUGAACAGCAAACGGCCAGUACGGCGGCGAGUGUACGCAUCUCGGCUCCACCCAAACCGACCGCUGCGUCGUCGAGCUCUAGUAGUAGUGGCGGUAGCACCACCACCACAACCACCACCACCACUGCAGCUUCCCUGGCGAAGCUGUACCCUGGUACGUUGGUGCAGCAGCUAACCACCACACCGCAACCACCCAGCCCGUCCGGGGUGACAAAACCGGGUGACGGAGCAGCAGCUAACACCGGAAGCAAAAAAUCGGAUGGACUGUUCGAUUCCGUGAUGUAAGAAGAAGUUGUGCUGGGGUGGGGGUAAGUCGAGAGUUUUAUUUUUGACGAUUGAAUGGGGAAAGGAAAGGAUUUCUUGAGGUCCAGCUAGGGAACGGAUUGUGUGGGUUCACACCAACGUUAUUGAUUUGCAGCUUGCGAUGAAACAGUAAAACCCGGAAAGGUAAACCAAAGUUUUAAAUAGAAGCGACCGUGCGGUAUAGGUAAGAACACCGGGAAGGCGAUAGUAAAGAGCGCGCAAUUCUGACUAAACUGCAAAGACACACACACACACACGAAACGAUGUCGGGAAGAGAAAUUAUGAUAGAGAGUACUGAUUAUAAAUUUAAUGAGGAAGGAACAAAAAAAAACAAACUUCCGUGUGAUUAAAUGUGUCGAAUGCGAAUCGUGGUAACCGGAAAAGGCGCAAAAAAAAUUGAUGAUAACGAAAGGAACAGAUAGAGAAAGAGUUGUUUAACUCAAAGAAAAUAAUGGUUAAAAGUUAAAAAAGAAAGAUUUGUUUUCCUGUUCUGUUUGCGUACAAUUUGCACCUAUUAGAAUCACAAUGUGUAGUGAAAGGACACAAAGGUCACGUGUUUUUGAUAAAGCAAAUAAUAGGUAUCAUUUUGCGUUUCGUCAAAACAUAAUAGCAAAUAUGAAAUCAAAAUGAAAGGUGGUUUGUGGCGUACGAUGAAUAACUUCCAUUUAACUACCACCACAAGCAAACCAGAACACACAUCGAACAUGGUCACGGGCAUUGAAAGUAGGUCCUCAAAACAAAACAAAAAAAAAACCUCCCAAUAGAGUCUUGUGCACAUAGCUCAUCCAUAGUAGAAUUUAUUUUCUAACGCAAAACAACACCGUUUUAGUCCCCUCUUUACAGCAAAAAAAAAAACAGUAGUUUUCACAAUCUAGAACACUGUAACACCGUAACGAAGAAAACGAAAACACCACAUAGAGAAACCCUUUUGUUAAAGUCACAUAAAUAAUGUUAGUAGCUUUCUCUCUCUCACUCUCUCUUUCACUCCCUUUCCCUUCGAUGCCGUGGUACAGGCGAGGGGACAAAUGUUAACGAAACGAUAACAGCCAAAUUCAGUAGACAGACACAUGAGAAACAUCAUACUUUCAGUACCUUACAAAAUUAUACAUUUGAAACCAAAAGAAACAAAAAGAAAACGCAUUCUAUAGGGGGAAAGGUCGAAAUGGAAGGAAAAAGUGGGUUGAAGUAGCGCGAGGCUUUAGUUUAACCACUCGGGUAGUGAUCACUUCCGUUGCUAUCAGAGUGACAAUUUACAGGGUUUUUCAGUUGGCAAGGUAAAAGUAUCGAUCCUUAUACUUUGAAUGAUUUAUUUUCGACCGAAAAGUGAGGAACGAUAAGGAUAAGCGGAAGGAUGCAGGUUGGAAAGUGAGAAAAAAAAGUUCCACCCUUUUUUUUUAUUAUCUUUUAAUUCCUUUUUGUUUUGAAAUGUUAGUAUAAGAUGCUUUUAAAUCAUUCUUCGUUCUUGCUAUCUUUACACUUGCCUUUCUAGACCAAACAUUUGCGAUUUUUUUCUUCUUCUAGUGUACAGAGAUAUUUUUUUUAUUAUUGUUUAAUGGUUAAGUUUUCCUCCUCGUGCGCACACUUCCAUGCGCUACUAGUAGAGGCGCAUCGCUACAUACGGUUAAGCCGAGGAUUGGAAAGCAAACUUGUUUGUUAGUAGAAUGUUAAAAAAUCGAGACGAAUGUGUGCGUGUGUGUUUGUGAGUGGCUUGAUAUUGAGGUUUGUUGCUCACAGGAACAGGAAGGUAAUGGAUGGGAUGUUUUUUUUUUGUAUCCGGUAGUAACCAAAACGAGAGAGAGAAGGAUAAGAACAUGUUGUAGGAAAUAUUAUGUAUUUUGUUUGAUAGAAAAGGCGCUUUGCUGCGUCAGAACCGCAAAAGACGGUGCCACCCGUCGGUAGCUGUAUGUGUACUUAAUUUCUUUUUCUACUGAUAUUAAUUUGUUUAAGGCUGCCCUUUUUAUUUUUGUACCAUUUUGCUGCAUUCAAUAGAGUAAGUGAUUGCGGGUAAAUAAUUUGUUUCACUGGGUUUUUUUUUGUUGAAAACAUGAAAAAUGAAAAAAAAAAACAAUUUAGCUGAAAGAUGCGACAAAGAGAAUCGAUCGAAGUUCAAUCAAUACCAAUAGUUAUUAAAAACAAGAGAGAGAAUCGUGAAACAUACGUAUUAUACACCGGACGGUCGAAUGAAAAGAAACAGAAAAAAAAACCAAACCAAAAUGUUACGAAUGUGGUUAAACAAAUGGGCGAAAAAAAAAGAGACAGAAUAUUUCUUUAUAACAUCAUCACAAAACGACACACACACACACAACAAGUCAUGGUUCGCGCUAGGAUAACGAUUCCAGCAGCAGAUUGAUUGAAUUGCUCCCUAAUAAAUCCUUUCGAAUUUAAAGCAAGUUUUUUGCGCUUA